CUCGGAGCGAGCUUCCCCCACCUGAACUCUGCUGGAGGGGUCGGGGGGGCUGCAGGCAGCGGCUCCGGUGGGUUGGAGCUGUGCGAUGCCUCGAAAUCGCCCACGGUGCUGGUGCAGAGCCGGCUUCCUCUUCAUCUCUGCAGCUGCUGGAGGAUCUCUGUGGGUUUGGCCUCUCCUGUCGGGGCAGGCUGGCUCUGUCUCACGGCAGCCUUUGCCCUGGGAUGGGGUUGGUUUCGUGGCACGGCUCGGGAGAUUUGGCUGCAGUUUUUCUUUCUGCGGGGAAUGGCGCUGUGAUGAAGGCUCGCAGGGUGAGGCAGAGCCUGCCUGGACUUCCCCUGUGUUUAACCAGAGCUGGAUGGCUGCCUCUGCCAGCUGCUGCCAGCUCCAGCACCCAGAUCCGUGGGGCACGUGUGGGGCUGGGAGGAAAUAAAGCGGCAGCUGCGUGGCUGGGGGGGUCCGGCUGUGGCUGGGGUUCCCUCGGUCUGCAUCCACAGGGAGGGGGACGUGGUGUGGGCAGGGAGCAACCCCACAGCCCACUGCUGAGCCGUCCCUGCAGUGCCGCAGUGCAUCCUGCUGACGGUGCUUUCCCCUUGACCAAAGUCUCUGUGAGUCACUCCGCUCGAUCCUCUUAGCCCGUAAAGCUGCUGUUCCACUCUGUGUUGUCCCCUGUGGGGAGAGGGGGGGUGGGAGAGGGCAGUGGGGACCCCCAGCGUUUCCCACUCUGCUCCAACCAACCCAGAACCCUGUGGGGGGUCUUUGUGGGGACGUAACUUCAGGUCACCCAAUGUGUGCCAUCGCGCAGCUUCCCGCCUUGCCUUCUUCACCCCACGCAGCACUGCUGGGCUCUGGGUACCACUGCACCCCACGGAUGCAGGGGAUGGGGCAGAGAUGUGGGACAUGGGACGCAGAUGUGCUGCCUCCCCGUUGCGAGGCAAUGGGCUCCUUAUCAGCACAAAGAUAGGAGUGCUGAGCAGCGAUUGCUGCCUUGUUUGCCCCCGGUUAUCGCACAGCUCCAACCCUUGCUCUCUGCCUCCAACCCUCCCAUUUUUGCAUCGUGCUGAGCGAGCAGGAGAGGUGCCAAAUUUUUUGCCUCUCCUCCUCAUUCCUCCUGCAAAAAAAAAAAAAAAAAAAAAAAAAAAAAAUCAACAAAAAAACCCCAACCCUCAGCUCCUUCAAACGCUUUUUAAGUCCGAGUUGGAACCAAUCUGGCAUUUUUGUGGCUGGGAUCUGGCGUGGGCGCAGCAGAGCCGGGAUGUUGAGGAGGCGCUGAGCCUCGCACCUCCAGCCCUGCGGGGGGGGGAAAGGUUUUGGGUUGUUUCAGAGGUUCUGCGGCUGCUUCUUGCCCCCCUCCCCCCGACCCGCAGCCCUGUUUUGAGCGGCUCUGAGCACUGCAGCGUGUUUCGCACCAUCUGCUCCAAGCAUUCGGGGCCAGAAUGCGGGGAUUUAGGCAGCGGCGGGGGGAGCGAGCCUGCCCUACCCCACUCCUCCUUUACGGGGAUUCCCUGCGGCCCGCUCCCCCUCGUGCAGGGCCGCCCAUCCCCUGCAGCACUGCCCCAGUGCAGGGACAGUGGGGACACGAGGACCCCCGAUGCCGCUUGUCCCCUGCGUCCCCCCACGCAGCGACAGGCAGCGAUGGCCCACCCUGGGGUCCCUGUGCCACGACACCUGCUGCAGUCCCCCCCUGAGGAGGACGGGGUGCUGUAUGUGGAGUACAAACCCCCGGCCCUGGACAGCAUCCGCCUGCCCCGCUACGCGCUCUACCUGCUGAUGGCCAUCUCCCUGGUGCUGGUGGUGACGUACGCCAUUGUGGGGCACCUCAUCAAGGACCUGGUGCACGACUUUGCCGGUGAGCAACGGGAGGGGGAUGCAGGUGGGGGCCCUGAAACCCAUCUGGGAAGUGGGGCAGUGGGAAUAGGGUGGCCAAAGGGGCUGCUCUGUGCCCCCAAAUGGGUGCAGGAUGAGCGUCUCUGCGCGCAGCACUUUGUACUGGGCACCCACCUGCACGGCAUGGGGUGGCGAUGGGGGCGCACACAUUGCUGACCGAGCUCUAUCCCCACAGAUUGGGCAUUCGGACCCAAAGCGGAGGAGAAGGCAGUGAUGGGUGAGGGGAGCACGCCCGAGGCGGAGGAUGGGGCUCAGGGUGAAGGUGUUGGGGUGCUGCCGGGCAUGGAGGCCCCAUCGCCGCUGCUCUGCGCCGCCCCACGCAGCUCCAUCUCCUUCGUGGAUCCCCACAAGAAGUGGUUUUUCUAGGGGCACAGGGGCUGCACCCACUGCUGGCCCUCCGUCCCCAUCCCCACCGUCUCUGUGUGUGCAUCUCAGGGCUGCUAUCGCGCCGCACCCCAAUAAAUCCACGCUGUGCCCUUGGGGACCCCGACCUUCGCACCUGGGAAUGGGGCAGACACGAGGACAUGAAGCAGACACGUGGACUCAGAUGGGGGCUCAGAUACUUGGACCCAGGGUUGGGUGUCGAUGGGGCGGUGCUCCGUGGGUGCCCCCAAGACGGGUUUGGUGGGGACAAAGCGCCCCUGAGCCCCACUGUGCUGCAGGAGGGGGCACAGACCCCCCUCACACUGGGACAGGGCGCCCAUCCCCAGGCUCCACGCGCACCCCAUGGGCGCUUCUCACAGGAGGAGCCCCUGCACAGCCCAUGCAUCACCCAGGGGUGCCACCAACCCCCCUGGACCUGAAUAGCCUCCAGGGGAAGGAGGGGGCAAAGCGGAGCUGCCUGUGAUAAGGCUUUGCUGAUAAGAGCACUGACAGCACAUGGGUGUGGUGCGGGCACUGCUUGGACGUGUGAUGGGCAGAGGGAGAGAGGUGGCACCAGGCUGCCUGGGCCCUACACCCGUCCAUCCAUCUGUCCAUCCACCCACCCAUCUUCCUAUCCAUCUGUCUGUCUGUCUAUCCACUACUCUUCCAUGUUUUCACCUAUUCAUCCAUCCAUCCCACCUUCCAUCCCACCUUCCAUCCCACCUUCCUUCCUUCCUUCCUUCCUUCCUUCCUUCCUUCCUUCCUUCCUUCCUUCCUUCCUUCCUUCCUUCCUUCCUUCCUUCCUUCCUUCCUUCCUUCC